CACAAAAUAUAUAUUCGUAAUAUCCUAGAUAUUCCAAAAUGUUAAACUAUGGUGAAUGUUGAUAGACUACUAGAAUGAUCUAGAAAGGGAGUGUAGGGCCCCCUCCAGGGAAUAUAUCUUGGUAGGGAGUGUAGGGCCCCCUCCAAGGGACUCUGUAUGCGGGAUCUCCAGAGCAUGGGAGCUGCGUGGUCUGUUGUAGAGUGGUUAGUUGGUUUGAGUGUGAAACCUCCGAGCCCAUCCCCUGAUUCUUCAGACAAAGAAACAGAUUAUCUCACAAGUUUGACCUCCACGGAGGUUAAAGCCUGGGCUGAUUCAUUUGAACGACUUAUGUCAAGCUUAAGCGGACAAAGGGUUUUUCGUGAAUUUCUUCGGUGUGAAAAUUUGGAGAGAAAUCCUGAGAAAGUGGAAGAGAAAGCUAGAAAUAUUUAUGAAGAUUAUGUCUCUAUUCUCUCUCCAAGGGAGGUGAGCCUGGAUUCUCGGGUCCGAGAAAUCAUCAACAAAAACAUGAUGUCUCCGAGUCACAACACUUUCGACGAAGCACAACUGCAGAUAUACACCCUCAUGCACAGGGAUUCCUAUUCUCGAUUUGUGAACUCCAGUGUAUACAAAGACCUUCUACGGUCUACGGGGGUUGAACCCCCGCCCAACAUUUCAUAAGAUCAGGGUCUAAGCGCACAAAAGAAGAAACUCUUGGUUUAAACUUUUAUACGUAUCCGUCUUAACCGAAUGUUUUCUAAACUUCUGUUAUUUUGUUUUACUAUUUAUACAUAUAUCUAUUUCUAAAUGUUAAAAAGAAGUAUUAUUUAUUUAAAAUGUUCAAAUGUACAGUGUAUUAAAACAGAUCUAGUCUAAAAGAAAACCAAUGAUUUUGUCAA